UUCGAACUUCAACGUCACGAUUCGACAUCGUACAUCACCAGCUUUCAAAACAAUUUCCUUGCCCUUAAACAUCCUAUCUUCAGUGAAAUAAGGAGACAUGGGGGGCAAGUCGGCUUUCAAGACCGCUUACUUCGAGAAGCUCAAGACCAACCUUGAUGAGUUCAAGACGGUCUUCAUUGUCGGUAUCGACAAUGUCAGCUCUCAGCAGAUGCACGAGAUUCGUCUGAGUCUCCGUGGUGAGGGCGUUGUCCUGAUGGGUAAGAACACCAUGGUUCGCCGUGCCAUCAAGGGCUUCGUUGCCGAGAACCCGGAGUACGAGCGUUUGCUUCCCUUCGUUAAGGGUAACGUUGGUUUCAUCUUCACCAACGGUGACCUCAAGGAGACCCGUACCAAGAUCCUCGCCAACCGUGUCGCUGCCCCGGCCCGUGCUGGCGCUGUUGCUCCUGGCGAUGUCUGGAUUCCUGCCGGUAACACUGGUAUGGAACCGGGUAAGACCUCUUUCUUCCAGGCUCUCGGUGUCCCCACCAAGAUUGCUCGUGGUACCAUUGAAAUUACCUCGGACCUCAAGCUCGUUGAGGCUGGCACCAAGGUCGGACCCUCUGAGGCUUCGCUCCUUAACUUGCUGAACAUCUCGCCCUUCACCUACGGUAUGACCGUCGCUCAGGUGUACGACAACGGCCAGACUUUCAGCUCUGAGAUCCUCGACAUUGAGGAGGACCAGCUCCUCAAGGCUCUGUCUUCGGCCAUCCAGCGCAUUGCUACCGUCUCUUUGGCCACCAACUACCCCACCCUUCCCUCGGUCAUGCACUCUCUCGUCAACGGCUACAAGAAGGUUCUCUCUGUUGCCGUCGAGACCGAGUACAGCUGGCCCGAGAUUGAUGAGCUCAAGGACCGCAUUGCCAACCCUGAAGCUUACGCCUCUGCCGCUCCCGCUGCCGCCGCUCCCUCUGGUGGCGACGCCCCCGCCGAGAAGAAGGAGGAGGAGGAAGAGGAGGAGUCUGACGCUGACAUGGGCUUCGGUCUCUUCGACUAAGCGCAUCGCUCGUCUGAUUCACGGAAUACGAUUGCCAUGUAUUAGAUUUUUCUUAUGACCUGUCAAUGGUUGGAAAUGGAAAAGUUCAUGGAUACAAUCCUUUUGGAUAUUCAUCUAGAUAUGGACGUAGACAUACGUUCCAUUUCUCUAAUGAGAUUGGUGAGUCUUUCAUUCCUUCAAUCCUCCUUUACCACAACUCCACCCACAUGCAUUGGUGAAUGAUGAGACCAUUUUUAACUCGUAGCAUACCUUCAAGGGAUGCUUUGAAGAACAAAAAUCGCAACAACAACACUCUAAUUUUUUGCUGACACCUUUGCACUCAUUCUGCCUUUUCUCAUAUUAUACACUCAUAUCAAGCGUUGAAUGAUUGCUAACGAGAUUCUAAGAUUAGUUAUCGAUCCAAGUGACCGUGGUCUACGCACUUCGAGCUCCUAUAGAACUCACGUAGUUUCGCUUAUUGUAGCUCCAGAAAC